GCAUGUGCCAUAAUGCAGCCAUCCAGGUGGAGGGGCACGGAGCUCUGCGGAUCUGCUCGGUCAGAAAUAUUUGUUCACAGAAGUUUAAAAACAUGUUUUUAUCCUGUGCAUAUAGACCACAUCUGCAGGGUUAUUUAUCUCAGAGCUAUUCUUUCAGUCACCCCUUCAAUUACAAUGCCUACAAACACACUCCGCCAUGUGCCCGUCCCCACAGACGAAAACACAUUCGUCUGAUAAAACACAAAAAAGGUCAAAUUUAGUGCCAUAGUAUACUUUCCAGUAAGGGACACAAUUAGCACAGCAAAAUGCCAGCUGUAUGCUAUCUUUGGCUGCGGUUUGCCAUUAAAAGAACAAAAGAAGAGGCACAUUAGCUAGAAACGGACCACUAGCAGACUUCAAAGUAUCAGUCUAAUGUGAGAAAGCUUGAAUCAUUUAUAUUUAAAAUUUAUUCUGAAAUAUCAGAUUAUUUUGAGAACACUGUUUUUGAGAAGGUAGAUUUCUGUUAAAUGUUGUCAUUCAAGCUGUCGGACGGUUUACAGGAAUAACAAUGUUUCCUGUGAAAGCUCAUGUGACGCUGUAGCUGUUGUAAAUAUUUGUCUUGAGACGGGUCAAGGCCACAAAACAAUUAUUUUAUGGUGUUUACUAAUGUCUAGCUCAUAAUGCAAGUUGUUUAUAGAAAUUUGAUAUCCAUUUCAGAAGCCACAUUGAUCUCUAGAGAACAACAAAAGACAGAAAUUAAUUAAUAGUCACUGAUGUUUUUAAAUUGUGAAACAUGCUGAACAUAUGGCUUAUUCCCUUGUGCUACACUCCUACAUCUUAGCACUGCUAUCCUAUUGUUCGUGGUUUUCUUCUGACCUUCAGUUUGCAGACAGAUAGAGAGAAAGAAAGGGAGAAAGAGAUACUGUACUGUAUGAAUACAUGAGUCCUGUGGAGUUAUAUGUACUGUAAUACGUCCUAUGGAGUUUGCCACCUAAUGUUUGAGGGUUUUGCUUGUGAUAUAAGCUGUCAACAUGGAGCCCCAGGUGGCUGACAGUUUCUCUCCUGAGUUUCAGGACUGUUGUCUGCCCUUGAACAUAGAACUGCAGCAUCUCAGCUGGGGGUUAUCUUGUCUUACAAUUCUGUGUUCAUUAGGCUUUAACAAAGGCUCUGUCAGAAAACAUCUGAUUUGGUGGAGAUAGCCUAUAUGGCAAAGAUCUGUCUGAGUGGACAUCUUGUUGUAACGGAGAAGCAAUGAAAGUGGAAUUAACAGAAUUAGAUUUAGAUUAUGUUUAGAAUUAUGAUUAGACCAGUUGAUUAGACUUUUUAAUGUCAAUCAUUUUAAUUCUACAAAAUGUAAUUUGAUGUUAUUGUUUCCACAUAUUUUGAGUCAGGCCCAUUUCAUGAAUUUUAAAUGCAACAUCCACACAAAAUUGCAUUUUUGAUCAUUAAAGGGAUAGUUCACCCCCCGCCCCCCCCCUACAAUGGAACUCUAUUAGGGCUUUCGCACUGAAUAGUUCUAGGAACUCAAUUCUAAUAAGUAGCCACUAGGAUAGUUCCCCGGGAACUAAUUUCUCUCCUGGGCCAUGUACCUGGUUGCAUUCGCACGAGGAAUAGGAACUUUGAAGCUGCUUUAGUGCGGCAUUUACAAAUGAAGAGCUCUUUUCCAAAACGCGAUAAACGGCAAAUUUUAAAAAAAUUAGUUCGUCAUGCCAUUUUGCUGUGUACUGAACCUAUUCUCUGCUCCAUCAAUGUUUCAUACCAAAUCGCUAGAUUUCCUUAUUUAAAAUGUACCGCAAGAUGCAUUUUUUUUCCAAAACGCUAUAAGCGCCGAACCUGUUUUUAGCCUAAAUGCGAUAUAUAUCCUCCUCUCGCCAAUCAGAAUUCGGCGAGCGUUCGAUGCAAUCUAACAUGGUGGUUCUUUGAAGCGAGGGAGUUUGUUUGUGCUCAGUCUUCAAAAUGAGUGCUUUAAACUCUAUUAACACUUUUGAGACCUACACCUGGGGGCUGGAGCGCCAACUCGGCUAGGUUCCCGAGAUAGGUUCGUUUGAAUAUAAGGGUGUCUCGGCUCGUGAUAACAGAGAUGGAUGUAAACGCAUAAUGUUGAGAGUAAAAAGAGUAAAAAGUGAGGCUAAGAGAUGAAAUCUCCUAUGACAACUUUCAGUAUUGCCGAGGUGGAAAAAAGAACACAACACUGCAGACAACAUGUAGGCUAAAUGCUGUUAUCGGUGUUUUCCAUGUUCAUGAAGUAGGCUAAAUAUGUUUACACGGCAGGGGCUGGUGUUUGACAUGCGUUUGACCAGUCAACGUACACUUACGUCACCGAUAGUUCCUAUAGUGCUGGUUUAGACCCUACUCUGAAAUAGGAGCUAAUUUAGUUCCCCCAAAAGGAGUUCCUAGAACUAAAAUCCUUCUUAGUUCCUGAAGUGCGAACAUGGCAAAAUCCGAGUACUUCAGCCAAUAGUUCUUUGAACUAUGAAAAGGUUCCUCCGGUGCAAAAGCCCCUAAUUGGUGACUUCAACUGUCUGUUUGCAAACAAAUAUUUUCUUUUGUGUUCAACAGAAGAAAGAAACUCAUUCAGGUUUGGAACAACUUGAGGGUGAGCAAGUAAAGACAAAUGUUUCAUUUUUGGGUGAACACCCUUUAAAUUGCAAGAUUAUUGUAGGUUAAAAGUGUUUGCCUGAAAAGCUAACAGAAACUGUGCAUUCACAAAUUAACAUAAAUUUGUUCAGUCCAAUCAGGUCAUACCUUCUUGCAGACCACUGGCUGGCAAGGUGAGUUUUUUUUUUUCUUCUUCGUUCAUGUGUUAUCUUGCAUAAGGCACCAAGUGAUCACUGGUGUUGGGCCCUCAAAAAAUUGGUGCAUCCCCUGGGCGUCCCCUAUUUGGAUUAUUAUAAGAACUGCAUCAUCUAAAAAUAAUCAUUGAAUUAGUGAUCCUGUGUGAAGUUAAAUUAGAAAAAAUAGCCUUGAAUGCAGUGAUUCCCCAUUACGGUUAACAGCAGCACGCCGAUUCAUUUGUUGCUAAGGAAGCGCUGCCUGUUGUGCAGGAAAGAGGGAUAGCAGUUUCCUGUUAUGAAGAGAGGUUUUUAAAGAGCUGCUUUCCUCCAAUCAGGCAACAGAUGAGCAGAAAGGAAGCCUGGUCAAAAGCAUUUAGUGAAACUGUUUUUAGAACCCGUUUUGGGAACAUUUGUUUAACCAAAUCACAAGAAACAGUCUUUGAUAGGCUACCAACAAAAUUAUUGCAUGAUUUAAAAGUCUGUUUGUUUGUUUGUUUGUUUUUAAACACAAUUAAGUUGGGCAAUUAACCUACUGUUAAAAAUUCUGACAUAGGUCUAGCUAAUGAUUUAAGCCACCUUUUCUAUGGAAACAACUAAAUAGAAUGUCAAGUACAAACGCAGUUUGUUUUGAUUUGUUCUUUUUCCUGUGCGAGCAAGAAAUCCUGUCAAAUAUCCUCUAAAUCGGAUACUGAAACAUACCAUCGUGACAGUAGCCUAAUGGAGCAGUUGUUCGUGAAAGUGCCAUACGCUACUGAUGGUUAUUGGCUUUAGAUGUUUUUCUCUGUGGUUUCGGUCAUCGAUCCUUGUAUUCCCGUGAGGGAGACUCGCUGUACCUCCUCAGGAAGCGCGCGGAAAACACCUUCAGUCUCCACGCGCAGAUCGGAGAGCACGCGCAUCUCUCUCAUUCCUCAAGGCAGAAAGCGCGCGGAUCUGAAGAGACCUGCCGCAACAGUCAGUACUAAAACUGAUAUUUUUGGAGGCACGCCGUCGAAUAAGUGAUGAAGUGUUUAUUGUUUACUUCUCAGGCUUUAUGACAAAUGUCCCGGGAGUAAGUUCACGGCACCUCUGGAUAUAUACUGUUGCUUCUGCGGAAUAUCAAGGAAUAAUGUGGAAAUAUUUCAGAUGCCGCGGUGGAUGACAUCCGACAAUAUUGUUAGAAGCAAUUCCAAACUUCUCAACCAAAGACAAAGCCAUUUGACUAUAACUGUGUUCUCCACCCUGAUGUCAAGGCCUUGUCCUUCCACCCGAGGUCCUAAACCUCCUGUGGCACCCAAACCAAUUCUAGCCUCUGAACUGAGUCAAAGCAUUGUGGGUAAUGGGGACAUAACAUCCUCUGAUAGACUGGAGCUGAAGCAGGACAAUGAAUCAGAUGUCACACAGGAUGAAACAGAUGCAUUCAGAGAAAACUGUACUGAUGAUCACAUGGAGAGCGACUUAUCUGAGUUUACUGUAAACUAUGACACUAACCAUGACACAACUUGUUUUAAUGAAAUAGAGGAAGAAUUACAAAUGCCAGCAGAUGAAACAAUGGGGGAGGAUGAAAAUAAAGAUUAUACUACUGAAGUACAGCAUGCAGCUUCUGCAAAUUUGUUGGAUGAUUCAACAGAUGAGGACCACAGCAAAAACACUGAUGAUACCAAGCCAGCUGAAAAUAGAGAAGAUUCUUAUAAUGUACUUGAGGACACCUGUGCAUGUUCUGAGAAUGAGACACCUACUAAAGAUCAGCCUGCAGAUGAAUCUCAAAGUCUGUAUGAAGAGAUUGAGGAACCACCAUCAGACAGUUUUCAACGUGCCGAUGAUCAACAUGAAGAGGACAAUAGAGCAGGCGCAAACUGUGUUCAUCAUGAAGCAGAAGAAGAAGAGACUGGGCUUUCUUCAAAGGCUACAAACUGCAGUCAACCCUCAUUAUGUGAGGAAUACCCUUAUGACAUUAUUGGCACAGUGGAUGAUAACAGCACUUGGCAGGCUGAACGUGCAACCAAAGACCCAUCUGGACGCUUCAGGUUUGCAGAGGAGACAGAAGACGCAUUUGAGCCCUACUCUGUCAUAGAGGUUGUGCCAAGUGAUUUGACAUGCACCUCUGAUCCAGAAGCAAGAUGCACUGAUGAAGAAUCCAGCAAUGAGAAACCAAUUGACUCAACAGAGGGAACAUCAAACCAAGAGCCUUACUACGUAUCAUCGGACGACAUGGCUGAGUUAGAGAAGGAACAGGCGAAAUUAGAAAAUGGUGUCUCUCAACCUGCUUCUGAGGGUCAAGAGAUGGCAAAAAAUGAAGGAGCGGAUGACUAUGCUGAUAUUGAAGACCAUGAUGGGGAUGAUCAGCAGGUGGAGUGUGUGUCAUCUGAAGAUUAUGUUGAGAUAGGAGAUGAAGAUGAGCCAGUAAACAUGGAGAGAAAAACCAAGUGCAAAAGUAUAAGAGAACGAUCAGUUAAACGGGAAAAAGCCCUCUUGAGUCAGAGGAACAGCUGCCAACCACGUCUCAGACUUUGCAACAUAACCGUUCCUGCUGACUUAGAUUUAGGCAGAACUCCAGAACUUACAAACCGUUUGGUUUUUGCCCAUACCACAGAAGCGUUUGAAGAGGACAUUGAAGAGCUGGACUGCCAUAUUGUGCCUUUCUUUGAGGACUCGGACACAGAAAGCGAUGAACACAUUUAUGAGGAGGCAGGCUUUGACUCGGAGGGUGAGAACUUUAUUUCUCUGGACAGGAAGAGCAUUGUGACAAGAUCUCGCUCGCUUUCUGGGAAAGUACCUGGAUAUGUUCCUGAGACUGUGCCUGAGGAGACGGGCACUGAGUACCAAUCUCACGACUACUACACUGUGGCCUUGGACCAGAAUGGAGUUCCACAACCCAAGCUUUCAGAUGAAACAGAGGCCAACCGAAUUAUUCCCUCAUUGAAUCCAAGGCGCUUUCUUCUUGCUCCUCGAUCGCUUUCUGUUGAGGGCAGAGAUUUGCCAUUCUCAGGGCACUUUGAGGGUGAGAAAUCUCCUAGAGGGGAAUGCAGAUUGCAAAGAAAAGAUGACACACUUUCUUUGCCUUGUGUCAUUACUUCCUCUGGAAGCUUUUCUCAAAGAAGUCACCAGUCCUCCAGUGGUGUGUCGACACCUACAUCUCUAGUCGAUAUCCCACCGCCCUUUGAGUUAGCUUACAUAACUAAGAGGCCUGUGACCAAAAGCUCUCCAUCACUUCUUAUCCAACAUGAGUCUCCUGACAACCCCAAAAAGAAGACAACAUCUUUUAAGCGUUUCUUGGCUUUAAAAUUUAAGAAAAAAUCAGAAAGCAAAGCCCGUGGAGAUGGCAGUGUCCGCUCCUCCAGGUCAUCAUCUGAAUCUAGCCACCAUGGGCCCAUUCGGGUGCUUGAGCUUGAUCGAAGAAGUACAAGUGGCUCCCCGCAGCUUCAGUCCCGUGUGGGAAAGCCACAACACAACUCAGAAAUACCUACCACCUUUCUGCUUUACAAAGAGAGGCAUAGAAGGCAAGGUGCACCCAAGAGUUACAGCAACAGGGGUGUAGCCAGAGUGGAGUCCUUUGAGGACCGCUCUCGGCCCCCCUUCAUGCCCCUACCCCUCACUAAGCCUCGCUCCAUCUCCUUCCCAAGUGCAGAUACUUCUGAUUAUGAAAACAUUCCUGCAAUGAGCUCAGACUAUGAGAAUAUCCAGAUUCCACAUGGACGGCCCACUCGGGCAGUCACUAUUACAGAUUUCUUCGAUGACCACAAUCGGACAGCAGCACCUGCCAAUGAGAAUGAUGGCUAUGUGGACAUGAAUAGCUUUGCAGGAAUAGAAAACAAGACCACCACUCAAGAGCAAGACACUGAAAGUGCCUACACUGAGCCUUUUCCUGUUUGUCCUGUGUCUGCCACUCUGUCCAAUGAGGAAGAUCAUGGACGCACAUCUGAAGAAGAGGACGGUUGUGGAGACCACUGCCAUGACCGACAGAUUGAUGGCCGUUCCAGAGCCUACUAUGUUGCCAAAGACCUGGUGGACUCGGAAAGAGAACACGUGAAGGCUCUGAAGAUUCUUCAAGAGGACUUCAGGGGAGCAGUGGAGUCAGCAGUAGGAAAUGAUGAGGAACCUCUGUUAGAAAAUGGGAAGCUGGACGAGAUCCUGAGCACUCUUCCUCAGGCCUACCAUCUGCACAGUGAGAUCCUCAAUGAGCUGGAGACCCGCAUUAAACAGUGGGAGGACAGCCCGUCAGUGGUUGAUGUCAUAUUAACGCGCCGGGCUGAGUUUUCAUCCUUUGCGACCUACAUCUCAGACUAUGACCGCAGCAUGUCACUGCUGGAGGAGAGCUGUAGACAGAGUAAAGCUUUCGAGGAUGUGGUUAAACAGUUUGAGACGCAGAAUGCAGAAGGAGUUCAUGUUCCUCUGAAACACCAGCUGCUGCGGGUCAUUGUGCGUGUGCUCCAGUACCGCAUGCUGCUCACAGACUACUUAAACAAUCUCUCCCCGGAUUCAAAAGAGUAUGAAGACACACAAGCUGCACUGGUAAUCGUGUCAGAGGUCGCAGACCAGGUUAACGACAAUCUAAAACAUGGGGAGAACCUGCUUCGAUUGGUCCAUAUUGACUAUAGCGUGAGAGGAAAAAGAGACCUUCUCCAACCAGGAAGGGUUUUUGUCAAAGAGGGCACACUGAUGAAGGUCUCUCGUAAAAGCAGACAGCCCAGACACCUCUUCCUGAUGAAUGACGUGAUGCUAUACACCUACCCUCAGCAGGAUGGCAAAUACAGGCUGAAGAACACACUGACUUUAAGUGGAAUGAAGGUCAGUAAACCUAUCAUAGAAAAUGUGCUCAACACGCUCAGGAUAGAGGUCAGCGAUGUUACCAUCACCCUCUCAGCAAGUUCUUUAGGAGAGAGAGAAGACUGGUUCCACACGUUGAGCCGGGCUAUAGCGGAUCAUGCUGCAGGCCUCAAUACCUUCAGCUGCUCUAGUGAGGCGAGAGAGAAGUUAUGGAUGUCUCUGGGAGAGGCUGCUCCUGUUCUAGUUCCUGUGUCACAUGUGAUGAUGUGCAUGAACUGCACGUCAGACUUCAGCCUAACACUGCGACGGCAUCACUGCAACGCAUGUGGAAAGGUUGUGUGUCGUUCCUGCUCGCGGAACAGGUAUCCUCUAAAGUACCUGAAGGACAGGAUGGCUAAAGUCUGUGAUCACUGCUACGCUGAGCUCAGGAAGAGGGGUGGCAACAUUCCUGGAUCGUGUGGGAGCGCUAGUCCCCGCACAAACAGGGCCAGCAGGCCUCUCUCUGCUGUGUUCCAGAGCCUACAGCCGCCCAGCCUGUGGAGGAACAGAAAGAGCAGCUCACCUCUCACACAGGUAUCUGUGGGUGCAGAGGGGUCCACUAUCAGUGGCAGUCUGCAAAGACGCAAAAAGAGCAAAAGGAAAUGGAAGAGGCUGUGGUUCCUGCUCAAAGACAAGGAUAAAGUGGCAUCUGAAAGUCUUCCUCUGCAGGGCUUUACUGUGAAGCUGUCUGAUCGAUCAGAGGGGGAAGACACAGAAAAUGUUUUCCAGCUCUACCAUAAAAAAACACUGUAUUACAGCUUCAGAGCAGAUGACCAGCAUACUGCGCGCAGGUGGGUAAACGCUAUGGAAGAGGCCACAGUGUUAUAGUAUCCGGCCAUCUGCCCAGAUGACAAAAGGACUCUGGGCAGGGCUCCCCAGACAGCUAAACCCAUUAUGGGCUUUAACGUAUGACAUCAGAGUCACCUGUGCCUGAGAAACCAGCGGAAUCACACCACAAAUACCUUCGUUUUUCUUUAUCUUCUUUUUGGCUGCUGAAUUUAAGGACAGUCACACAAGGCAUGUCAUGCUCAGUGUUUGUUGUCCUGUGCCUCACUUUCUUCACAGACUAAUUCAAAAAAGUGCCAAAUGUAAACAGUGCAGUUCAGUGAAUGAUUGUUCUGAAACUACUCACAUGUGUCGAAAUAAAGGAGAAUGUUCAUUUUUUAGAAACUGUAACUACCUUUCUAUAUGCAGAUAUAAUUCAGUGCUGUCAUUUUAUACAUUGUAAAAUUAAAAAUAAAUUAAGUACAAGGCAUUUGUUAUAGUUUGGAUGAGUAUGAUUAAGCCAAUAGGCUUAUUAUAGACAAUAUAUUGUUAAUUUCAUUAAACAGUUAAAUGUUUAGCAUGGCAUAUCAUGUUUUAUAUACAAAUAACAUGUGAUAUAUAUAUAUAUAUAUAUAUAUAUAUAUAUAUAUAUAUCGAGCUGUACAUUUUACAAUUGAGUAAUAUUUAAUUUGCAGCUAUAUAUUGCUAUCAUCUGCUGUGAUUAUUUUUUCUUCUCACAUUUGUUAGUUAUUUUACACUGGUCCCCAUGUUGACUCUGUACCCUUACAAACAUUACCAUGGCAACCAUUGUUUUCGCUAGGAAGAAUAACAGUUAUUGUUACUAUAGUGAAGCUGUGCUAACUGGAGCCACCACUGACAUCGUAAACAUAACACAAUAAUAACAUAUUGGAAAUUACAGUUUUAAUAUGAUCCUAUAUGCAUUUUUUUUUUUUUUUUAGAAACAGCUUAACUAUGGUUACUAUGGUAAUUUCCACAGCGAGGCCAAGUUCGGUAAAACCUCGAUGUAAAUCAGUAUGGAAAUGUUGUGAACCUCUGUGUCGGUUGAUCCUUUCAUUAAAGAUAACGAAGUGUCAUAAGCUUUAUGUACAGUAUCGACCUUAAGCAAGCCAUCGUCUAAAGCCGCGUUAUUCCCAGAAGAUGUUUAAAAAUGUCUGUUUUUUAAUCAUGAACGUCAUAUAAACGCUCAAAGCUGCAUUUCCAAAUGUGUUGAGGUGAGUUUUGUUGUAUAUAUUCACUGGAAAGAGUCAGUAGUUGUAAAAUGCCCAGCGACACACUUUGUUUUUACAUCAUGUUUGUUUUUAUUUGUCUUCGAAUGUUACAUUUUUAAAAAGCUGUAUUCUGUAAAACUGAAAAAGCGCCAGCAUUCAUUCAGUCAUUUGCUUCUCUA